ACAGUCAUGCAGAGCAGCUACCCUGGGAACCAGGAAAAAUAUUAGGAGAAGAAGCUGAAGGACAGUGUAAAAUGCUGUGCAGUUAUUGCUUCCUGUUCCUGGUUUGCUUUUGAGUGUUAAAUUCAAGAAGAAUAUCUGGAUGUGAUAGUAAAACGAUUGCUCCCGCCACCCUGGAUCUUUCUGUGUUUCACUGAGCAUAUUCCUGAGGGAAUGGAAGCCGGAGAGUCAGCGCUCCGUUCACUUUGAGGUUGCUGCACUGCAGCAUGCCAUCUUUCAUCUGCCUCUAUCUGUGCUCAAAGUCCCUCUUAGGAUUUGGAGAACAAUCAACCAUGACAACCGAAUCUGGCUCAGACUCAGAAUCCAAGCCUGAGCAGGAAGCUGAGCCCCAGGAGGCGGCAGGUCCACAGGGGCCCGAGGGGGUGCAGCAGGGGCCAGAGGAACAGCACCAGGCCUUGGAGCAGUUCACAGCCGCUGCAGCGCACAGCACCCCCGUGAGGAAGGAGGGCACCGACAAGGAACGGGAAUUUGCUGCUGGAGCUGCAAAACAGCUCGAAUAUCAGCAAUUGGAAGACGAUAAACUCUCUCAGAAAUCAUAUAGCAGUAAACUCUCUCGAUCUCCAUUAAAGAUUGUCAAGAAGCCUAAAAGCAUGCAGUGCAAGGUGAUACUUCUAGAUGGAUCAGAAUAUACCUGUGAUGUGGAGAAACGCUCCAGAGGCCAAGUGCUGUUUGAUAAAGUAUGUGAACAUCUUAACCUGUUAGAAAAAGACUACUUCGGGCUUACAUAUCGAGAUGCUGAAAACCAGAAGAAUUGGUUGGACCCUGCUAAGGAAAUUAAAAAACAGAUUCGAAGUGGUGCUUGGCAGUUUGCAUUCAAUGUGAAAUUUUACCCACCAGACCCCGCCCAGCUAUCUGAAGAUAUCACCAGGUACUACCUCUGCUUACAAUUGCGAGAUGACAUCGUGUCCGGAAGGCUGCCCUGCUCCUUUGUCACCCUUGCCCUGUUGGGCUCCUACACUGUCCAGUCAGAACUUGGAGACUAUGACCCAGAUGAAUGUGGGAAUGAUUACAUUAGUGAGUUCCGCUUUGCACCAAAUCACACUAAAGAACUGGAAGAUAAAGUGAUCGAGCUGCACAAGAGUCACAGAGGGAUGACGCCAGCAGAAGCCGAGAUGCAUUUCUUGGAAAAUGCCAAAAAACUAUCCAUGUAUGGGGUAGAUUUACAUCAUGCCAAGGAUUCUGAAGGAGUAGAAAUUAUGUUAGGAGUUUGUGCGAGUGGCCUGUUAAUAUAUCGCGACCGACUGCGGAUAAAUAGAUUUGCCUGGCCUAAGGUUCUAAAAAUUUCAUACAAACGGAACAACUUUUACAUCAAGAUCCGCCCAGGAGAGUUUGAACAAUUUGAAAGUACCAUUGGGUUUAAACUGCCAAAUCAUCGAGCUGCCAAGCGUUUAUGGAAAGUAUGUGUUGAACACCAUACAUUUUUCAGAUUGUUGUUACCAGAAGCACCUCCAAAGAAAUUUCUCACCUUGGGUUCCAAGUUUCGUUAUAGUGGCAGAACACAAGCCCAAACAAGGAGAGCCAGCGCACUGAUAGAUCGCCCAGCCCCUUACUUCGAACGCUCAUCCAGCAAGCGUUACACCAUGUCUCGAAGCUUGGAUGGAGCAUCAGUGAAUGAGAACCAUGAAAUAUACAUGAAGGAUUCUGUGUCUGCUGCAGAGGUUGGUACUGGCCAGUACACCACAACAAAGGGCAUCUCUCAGACCAACUUGAUCACCACUGUGACUCCGGAGAAAAAGGCCGAGGAGGAGCGUGAUGAGGAAGAGGACAGACGGAAAAAGGCGGAGGAAGCCACUCCGGUCACAGCAGUACGGCACGAGGGAAAGACCGACAGCGAGCGCACGGACACCGCGGCUGAUGGGGAAACCACUGCCACUGAGUCGGACCAGGAGGAAGAUGCAGAGCUCAAGGCACAGAAUAGUCUGAUUAAGCGAAUAAAGGGUGAAAAUGUGUAUGUCAAACAUAGUAAUCUUAUGUUAGAGGAGCUAGAUAAAACUCAAGAGGACCUGAUGAAACAUCAAACCAAUAUUAGUGAGCUGAAAAGAACCUUUUUAGAAACCUCCACAGACACUGCCAUCAUGAAUGAAUGGGAAAAGAGGCUUUCUACCUCCCCAGUCCGACUAGCCGCCAGGCAGGAGGAUGCACCCAUGAUAGAACCACUUGUACCUGAAGAGACCAAAGAAGAAAGAGAAAUUUCUGAAAAAGUUAUAUUUUUGCAGCAGGGAAGCUCUUCAUUCCUUGAGUCUCAGACUAAGCAAUCUUCUGGUGAAAAGCUCAUGGACGGCUCAGAAAUCUUCAGCUUAUUAGAGUCUGCAAGAAAACCAACAGAAUUCAUAGGAGGGGUUUCCUCCUCUUCUCAGAGCUGGGUUCAGAAAACAGAAACCAAGACGGGGUUCAGCGACACAGAGGCCGAAACAACCCAGCACCCCCAGCCACUUAGCACUGAGAAGGUUAUGCAGGAAACUGUGUUGGUGGAGGAAAGACAUGUGAUGAAUGUGCAUGCAAGUGGGGAUGCUUCUUACGCGGCUGGAGAUGAUGUGGAUGCUGCAGCACAAGCAGCAUCUGCUGAUGCUUCUAGCAUUAAAGGGAAGGAGGGCUCUGCUCUGACGGAGGGGGCUAAAGAGGAAAAGGGGGAGUUGGCUGAUAAAGCUGUCCUGGAACAGGAAGAAAUGGCCACUGCUUCCCAUGAGCCAGAGGAGGAGCAGAGUAGAGCAAUCCACAUUUCUGAAACUUUGGAACAAAAACCUCAUUUUGAGUCAUCCACUGUGAAGACAGAAACCAUCAGUUUUGGCAGUGUUUCGCCGGGAGGAGCAAAGCUAGAAAUUUCUACCAAGGAAUUGCCAGUUGUUCACACAGAAACCAAAACCAUAACAUAUGAAUCAUCAGAGGUUGAUUCUAGUGCUGAUUUGGAGCCAGGCGUGCUAAUGAGUGCACAGACAAUCACCUCGGAAACCACCUGCUCCACGACCACCACCCACAUCACCAAAACUGUGAAAGGAGGCAUUUCAGAGACAAGAAUUGAGAAGCGAAUAGUCAUCACGGGUGAUGCAGACAUCGACCAUGACCAGGCUCUGGCUCAGGCAAUUAAAGAGGCCAAAGAGCAGCACCCUGACAUGUCAGUGACCAAAGUAGUGGUCCAUAAAGAGACAGAGAUCACACCGGAAGAUGGAGAGGAUUGACCCCAGGAAUAACUUAGCCUGCACAGGAAUCCAGUCAUGCAAACCAUUAGGAAAACCAGAGCCUAUAUGGAGUUCCCUCUUCUAACCCCACUGACUUGUAUCUGCCCGUGGAAAUUUUCAAUCCAGAAGAACAAACCUUGACCAUUAAUUAAAGACACUGGCAGAAAGAUCUUCCCGUAAUAAAGCAAUCCGAAUCAGCAUCACUAAACUGAUAUUGCAUGAAGCAACGAUAAAAUUACAAAAAAGCAGCAUUUUUAAUUUUCACAAAGUGUCUAAGUUUUCAGCUAUACCUGCACGUUCAUAACCAACAAUAUAAACCGUGAUCUCAUGUAACACAUAACCAAUCCAUGCCUUUUAUAGUUUAUUAUUAUUAAAGUCUAAACAAAAUUUCAGUUUCUUAGGUGACAGACCUUUUGUUUACAGAUAAAUGAAGAUUAUCCUAAAAUGCUAGAAGCUGUCUGGUGUAUCAGGUUUAUCCCAGAUUAGAUGUGCCAAUAACCGAGUUUAUUCAGUAAACACUUGAAUCUUGUACUUGUUUCAUCUGGUUUUAUUACUCUUAACCCAUAAACAGUGAUGACUCUCUGAUCCUCUGGAAAUAUUUAAUGCUUCCAAUCCUGCUUUGUGUAUCUAAUUUAAUUCAUUAUAAGGUAGUACUGAUUUUAGCAUAUUAAUGUGAUUUCUUCCUGUCUCUAUUUUAGUCUGUUCAGUCUUGAAAGCUUUCCAGAAUUUCCUAUCAAAUCCUAAAUAUGUAAAUUGUCAUAAUUUGGAGAAGAAAAUAUGUAUUUUUGUUAGUUUACAAUAUUAUGAAAUUUCACUCCAAAAAACCUGUUGAGUUCCUGUUGCGUUUUUUUUCCCCUUCUUUUCUUCUUUCUUACAUUUUUUCAUUGAUUUUUCUUCUUUUACUUGAAAUAAAUAGGGUUUUUUCUCCAAAUCUGGUCCAUAUUUACAACCUAGUUCAGAGCCAAGCCUUAAACUGUACAGAAUUUCCACUGUAAUUAAACUAUUUACUGUUUAGUUAUAAAUAGACUCCAAAAAAGAUAUAUUCUCCAUUACACUGUCUACCUGCAUCACUCAGCCCACAGUGAAUGUAUGUCUCUGCAUAGUAAAA